AUGCUUGUCACUGUUUUGUCGUGGAACGUAAACAACAGAGAAGGGGUCGCCGACACCAUCUCAAGGAUCCUGGGGCAUGGCGAAUCCGAUAUGAUACUGAUAUCGCUGCAAGAGCACUUUGACUUCUACAGUGGCGUGGUAAGGUCUGUCUUGAAGAUGUACCCAUCCUAUAAGAUGGUCUCUGCUGACAGAGUUCUUGGGCUGUGGUCAAUUGUGCUAUCCAAGGAGAGACACAGCACAACAGUGAUGAAGAUAGGGCUUGGGUUCCUGGGCUUCAUCAAUAAGGGGGCGUGUGUGACCAGGAUAUCAAAUGGAGUUAUGUUCAUAAGCUGCCACCUGUCUGCACACCAAGAAAAUAGCAAAAAGAGGCAGGAAGAAAUUAGGAAGGUGUUUGAAUGUAUUUGUGACGAAGAGUCGUUGAAAGGCAUCGACACGGUCGUUCUAGCUGGAGAUAUGAACUUCAGGGUUUCCGGAGUACCGAGGGCUCUUGACUAUUCCAGGGCAAGGCCUGGAGACCAGUGCAAUGAGUUCAGAAGGGCCUAUCCGACAUUUUUGGAAGAAGUAAUCAGAUUUGGGCCAACAUAUAAAUAUAUUACAGGCACAGACGAGCUUUGCAGAAAGAGACAUCCAUCCUGGUGCGACAGGGUGUUUGUAUCAUCAUCAUGCACAUGCAGGUUCAAUACAUACAGCUCAAUCCACAGCGUGAAGAUAAGCGACCACAAGCCUGUUGUCUGCAUCUUUGAGGUAGAUGGCAAGAGAACAAAUCGCAUAGCCAUUCCCAUGGUUGGAUACAAUGGACAUCUGAUCACCCGGAGACUUACAAGGCUCUACUGCGCUGUCCACGAGAACUGUGAUGCUAUUGCUGCAUGCUUUCUGGUGCUGAUGCUGUACUUGAUGCUUGCUCGGUACAAAGCCGUUCCAAGGCUUGGCAAUCCAUUCAGAAAUUUCUGUCCAGGGACGGAUCAGUGA